CAGGACAGACUGGAAAGGAGCCCACACUGAAGGUUCUGAAUGCCAGCCUCAGCAGGAGCCCACCAGAGGGCAGGAGUAGGGACUUGUGCCAAGCACGGGGGCGGUGGGGGGCAGGCAACACAGGCCGGGCCCCGAGGUCUUGAGACCCAGGCUGGAAGCUGAGCGGGCUUGGCUGUGGAGUACGGAGGAUGCGGUGGCCGGUCCCUCCCUCCCCCUCCUAACCCCAGCCUCCAUCCCUGUCCAUAGAGGCUGACUCAGCCCGUUCUUGGGUCCAGAACCUUCCCUGUGUUAGACCCGGGGGCCUUUGUCCCCAGAGUCAUGAGGUCUGAGGGGGUGGGGACAUUGUUGAUAAAAGAACGGAGGCGGCUCCCACAUGCCUCAGAGCUGCCGCCCCACAUGCAGCCCCGGACACGGCCCCUGGCGCAGGCCCUGCCUUUCUCCUUCCGAAGGGCCCUGUGGGACACCGGGCUCCGGGUGCCUGUCUGGAAGAUGGGCACGGGAUGGGAGGGCCUGCAGCAGACCCUGAAGGAGGUCGCCUACAUCCUUCUGUGCUGCUGGUGCAUCAAGCAGCUGCUGGAUUAGGGAGCCACGCUUGGCUCAGCGCCCAGCCCAGCCCCCAUCAGGACUCCCAGAGCCAGCGAUGCCCCCCCAAGGAUGGGCCACAGACACGGCGGGAAGUCGGACCCUGCUUCUGGUGUGUGACAUCUGCCAGUCCGGCCUGUCUGGGCCACCAUCCCCAGCCCCCACCUCUGGUGGACCCCUGGGGCACAGGAGCUCGGCCAGCAGGCCGGGACCCCAGGAAGACGGCCACAGGAGCUGGCAUUUCUCCAAGCCCGGCACAGUGAGCCCACCAGCCCAGAUGGUUGAUUUCUCCAUACUCUAUUAGUGCCAGGAAUCAGCUGCCCCUGCUAGCCCUGUUUGAGAAUCACUGAACUAUGUAUGUGUGUGUGUAUAUAUACAUACAUAGGGGUGUGUGUGUGUGUGUGUGUGUGUGUGUGUGUAUAAAAUAAAUAGGCCUUGAGGCCUAGAGUUCUAAA